UUUUAAACUAUUUUUAACAUUAUUUUUUAUAUAUAGGUACACAGAGUUUUGGAGUUUGAUCAGUCGGAUUGGUUGUCAAAAUAUAUUAACCUGAACACAGAGAUGAGGAAGAAGGCGAAGAAUGAGUUUGAAAAAGAUUUUUUUAAAUUAAUGAAUAACGCAGUAUUUGGUAUGUUACUUUAUUUAAUUUAAUUUAAUUUAAUUAUUUUACUAACAGUUUUUUAAUUUUCUAGGGAAAACUAUGCAAUCGAAAAGGAAGGAAAUGAAGAUGGAGUUAGUAUCAUGUGAGAGACGGUUACAAAGACUUAUUAAUAAAACGACAUUUAAGCAUACGACUAGGUAUAGUGAAAACCUGAACGCGGUCGCACUGGAAAACAAGAUCAUUACUUUUGACAAACCUAUAUAUAUUGGUAAAUAUACUAUAAAUUUAAGUAUUAUACAAUUAUUAUAUUAACACAUUUAUUUUUAUAUAGGAUUUGCAGUACUUGACAUUUCCAAGACGAUGAUGUACGAUUAUCAUUAUAAUGUUAUGAAGAAACAUUAUAAUGAUAAUAUCGAGCUUAUGUAUACUGACACAGGUAAAUAUAUUUAAACUAACCUCUUGUAUGUACGUUGUAAAUAAUAUAUUAAUUAUUAUUUCAGAUUCAUUGAUAUACUUUAUUAAAACUGACGACUUUUAUAAAGACUUACUUAACAACCCUAACUUGUUGAAUAGAGUAGACACAUCUGACUUGUCUCCUAUUCAUCCGUGCUACACCACAGUGAGGAGGAAGGUACCUGGAUACUUCUCCGAUGAAGUUAAUGGGCAUAUUAUUACGGAUUUCUGUGGGUUGAGGGCUAAAUCAUAUGCUUUUAAAAUGUAUGCUGGAGAAGAGGACGAGAAGAAAGAUAAAGAAGAUAGAGUGGGAGGAGAGAAAAUAAAGGCAAAAGGAAUACGGUCUCAUGUGGUUAAAAACCAUAUGACGUUUGAAGAUCACAAGAAGUGUUUGUUUGGAGAAGCUGGAGUGGAGGCAUAUCAAGAGAAUGUAUCAAUCAGAUCGUUCAAACACCAAAUUAUGACUAUAAAAACUAAAAAGUUAACGUACAAUAAUUACGAUGAUAAGCGAGUGGUAUUGCUCGAUAAAAUCCAUACCUUAGCUCAUGGACAUUACAGUAUAGAGGAAGAUGAACCUGGAGAAACUAUGGAGUGGUCGGAACUUGAUUUUGAGGUUGAUGGCGAAGGACGUAAAUGGUCAGAUUUUGAUAAAAGUUUUAUGAUAGAGUUUCUUAAGUACAAUACUAAAUAAUCCUAUCAGUUCUUUUUAAAAUAUUAUAUAUAUUCAACUUGUAAAUAGCACUGUAUAUAUAUAUUACUAGAAUAAUUUGUAUUUACGUUGUAAGCAUGUAAUUGAGAAAUUAUUAAGAAUGAUUAAUG